GCAGUGUUGCGAGGCGUUGUGUGCGGGUCCACUGUCAACAACAUACAUACUGGGAGCAGGUGAAUGCCGGCAAAACAAACGUUCUGCUCUCGGAGGACCUACGACAACGAUACCGUGAGAUAAAAGUUUCUAGAAGAAAACACAUAACCGACAGGAUUUGUUUGGUUACAAGUCCAAGCCUCCAAAGUGCACCAACUGGAUACUAGUAAGCCAUGUCAACCAUAGUGCCCAAACUCUCCAGCGGUGGCGCCAGUGUUAAGAUCCGCCUUACCAGCCUUGAUCUGGGCACCACCAGAUGGAAAGAGGGAACUUUUGAGAUUCUGGAAAAGGACAACAAAAUCAACCUAUGUCUAAGAUUUAACUGUGGUGGAGCCUCCAAAAUUUUCCAGCUGAACCAGAACUUGAAGACCGUUAGCCAGAACCUGAACCGUAUCAUGCUGACUUUGAAGGACAACAGUGUCAUCGUCCUGGAUAAGAUUCCUCCAACUUUGCUUCAGAAGACUAAAGAAUUUUUGGACAAACUGAAGACUGGAAAGCCAGUUUUAAAAUCGUCCCACGGAAGCGCAAACCUCAGUGUGCUGGGAAACCGAACUUUGAAAAAUGACAGCAAUCCUUCGGGGGAGAGACAGACAACCCAGAGGCGUCAGAGUACAGAAGGCAGAGAGGAGACGACGCCACGGAAACCCCUGGGCAGCCCGAGCAGAGCCACCUCCACUCCCACCCGCACGGGACUCUCUGAGAACAGGAGUGAGAAAAGAAAGAGACUCAUCACCUCUGAAAGUGACCUGACUGAAGACUACCCCAAGGAAAAUGACUCAUCGAGCAACAACAAGGCCACUUCGGAUCCAUCCAGGAAGUUUCUACUGAGCUGCAAAGACAAGCUGAAGCAGUCUGAGGAGAACAGGAGCUCAGCUUCACUGAGUUCAACUCCCCUUCAGCCCACGUCCUUUUACGGCAGCCGGUCUGUGACUAAAGACUACAGUCAGAGCCAUUCUCUCCUGGACAGGCCAUGCAGUACAGCACAGAGCUCUUCAGCCAAGAGGAGCCUCAUGCUGCCAAACCACUCCACUCCUUUCAAGAAGGUCCGGCCCACUCUGGACUACGGCGGUUGGAACAAGCAAAGGCUGUCCACCCUGGCCCAGCCUCAGCCCCCCCUGCAAGGAUUCUCCAACCUGGGCAACACCUGCUACAUGAACGCCAUACUGCAGUCCCUCUUCAGCCUCCCCUCCUUCUCCAAUGACAUGCUGAGGCAGAGCAUCCCGUGGAAGAAGGUCCCCAUCAAUGCACUGCUCAGGCGGUUUGCACACCUUAUGGCCAAGAAGGAUGUGGGAUGUCCAGAAACAAAAAAAGACCUGUUGAGGAAAGUGAAGAGCGCCAUCUCCUCCACAGCUGAGCGGUUCUCUGGAAACAUGCAGAACGAUGCUCAUGAGUUCCUGAGCCAGUGUUUGGACCAGUUAAAGGACGACGUGGAGAAAAUGAACAAGAACUGGUCCAACGAAGCGGCAGCGUGGUCCUCGUCCUCUGUGGCGCGUGAGAGUGGCCAGGAGGGAACGUCCUCAGCAGCAAAAGCAGAGCCGGGUGAAGAGGCAGACACGUCCCGCAUCUACACCUGCCCUGUUGCGGUCAACAUGGAGUUUGAGGUGCAGCACACCAUCACAUGCAAAGGAUGUGGCGAGGUAGUUAACAAGCGAGAACAGUUUAAUGACUUGUCCAUCGACCUCCCACGGCGGAAGAAAACGCUUCCACUCCGCUCUAUCCAGGACUCUCUGGAUCUCUUUUUUAGGAUGGAGGAAAUUGAGUACUCGUGUGAAAAGUGCAAUGGGAAAUCGGCGACUGUUACACAUAAAUUUAGCAAAUUGCCCAGAGUGCUCAUCCUCCACCUGAAGCGCUACAGCUUUAACGCCCAGCUGUCACUGAACAGCAAGCUGGGCCAGCAGGUGGUGAUCCCCCGGUACCUGACCCUGCUGUCCCACUGCACUGAAUCCACACGAGCCCCCAUUAGCCUUGGCUGGAGUUCCCAGUCCUCCAUUUCCAGAACACUCAAAACGUCGCAGUGUGUCAACUCGUCGACAGCUCCUCUCCGAAGGAUUGGAGGCAAAGCUGCCAACUCUAGCUGCACGUCUAGCCUCCUGGACUCUGAUAGUGAAGAGGAGCCCAACAGUAAAGCAACAGUGAGCCGCAAGCGACGCCUCAGCAGCUGUCUGCCUGACGAGGAUGAGCGACCGGAAGAGCGAGGAGCAGCCAUAGAUUCAGCAGACUUCAGUGGCAUAAAUGAUGAAGAAAUGCUGGCUGCCGUGCUGGAGAUGAGUCGUCAAGAGGCCGGGCUCUCGGCCCCGCCCCCAAUGGAGGAUGAACCAACCAGCAGCCCCGACACAGGCUUCGGGGACACAGACGCCCAUGACCUGGCCUAUCACACAGAUCUGCUGGAAACAGACAGCAAACAGCCUGCAGAUGUGCUGGACUCCCUGGACCUGACCAUGGACGAGAACAAGGAGAACCAGACUCCAGAGGGGGGGCAGCAACAGGGGGAGCUGGACUGGGUUCAGCAGUACAGUCUGGAUCAGGAUCAGGAGAGGGAGGAGCAGGAGCUGCAGCAGGCGCUGGCCCAGAGCCUCCAGGAGCAUGUAAGAGCACAUCUGGAACAUCUAAAGAAUGUUGGAUCGUGA